CUCGAGCCCAGAGCCGCCGCCGGUGCCGCGAACAGCGCAGCCACCCCCGCCGCCAUGUCCUUCAGCAGCCUCUUCGACUCGCCGCACCCGUUGGUGCCCCUCGGCAAGUUCGAGGUGGCCGAGGGCGGGCCGCCCCUGCCGCGAGCGCUGGAGGGCGAGCGCCCGCCCGUGGGCGGCUCGCUGCUGGCCCGCGGCGAGGUGUCCACCUACGCGCUGUUCCCGCAAGAGGACCCCGGCGGCGCGGCGCUGCGCGACGCGGCCGCCGGCGAGGACCACCUGCAGGCCCCCGACUUCCUGGGGCGGCUCCACCACCUGAAGACGCUCUUCCGCAUGCCCGUCUCGCAGG